AAGAGACGUUUGCGGGAGGUAGAUUGAGAGCGAGCCAAAGCGACCUGGGCCGUCUUCCCUCCUCCUCCUUCUGCGCCGCCGCGGAAUCCUUCUCCUCAGGGGCUGACAGAGAGGGAGGCGACCGGAGUCAAGAAGGGAGCCCCCGCGGCGCGCCGUUUCUCUCCUGCUGCCGUUGGUUUCUGUGAGAAACAUCAUGACGACUGAAAAGGGUUUAACAGCAGAGGCUGAAACCCCAAAGCAGCCUCCAUCAAAAGAAGAGGAGGUAGCUGCACAAAAGGGAACACAGGAACCUUCCUUGGAGAAAGUACCUGAGGGCGAUAAUCAAUCAAAGAAGAAGCAAAAAGCGUCCAAUGGUGACACACCUACACGAGAGGAUCAGAGCAAGAACAAAGAGCGUACAUCUGAAAGUCGGGGCCUGUCACGCCUGUUUUCAUCAUUCCUCAAGAGACCCAAAUCUCAGGUCUCCGAGGAAGAAGGUAACGAGGCAGAAACAAAGGAACAUGGUGAAGGGGAGCAGAAAGAAGUAGAUAUAGGUAUUGAUCUCAAUGAAGAGAUUCUGCUGAAAGCUCCAAUAGCAGCUCCUGAACCCGAACUCAAGACUGAUCCAUCUUUAGAUCUUCAUUCACUUAGCAGCGCAGAAACACAGCCUGCUCAAGAAGAUAGGAGAGAAGAUCAAGAUCCAGAGAAUAGAGACCUUGAAGCUAAGGAAGAAGAAGAGCAAGUGGAGGAGUGUGCCAACACAGAGGAAAAAAAAGAAAGCUCCAGGGCAAAGACAGACAAAGAAGUAAAAGGUGGUCAAAAAGCAGUAAAAAGACCAAGAAACAGCAUGCAUUGCAAGAUUACUUUGCUGGAUGACACAAUUUUUGAGUGUUCUGUAGAUAAACAUGCUAAAGGGCAGGAUCUUCUAAAGAAAGUUUGUGAUCACCUCAAUCUUUUGGAAGAAGACUACUUCGGACUUGCCAUAUGGGACACUCCAAACUCAAAGACAUGGCUGGAUGCUGCCAAAGAAAUAAAGAAACAAGUUCAUGGAGGCUCAUGGAAUUUCACUUUUAAUGUCAAGUUUUAUCCUCCGGACCCAGCACAACUGACAGAGGAUAUAACAAGGUAUUACUUAUGUCUUCAGCUGAGAAAAGACAUAAUCAGUGGGCGGCUUCCUUGCUCUUUUGCUACGUUGGCUUUGCUUGGUUCCUACACAAUCCAGUCUGAGCUUGGAGACUAUGAUCCAGAUCUACAUAGUGCAGAUUAUGUCACUGAAUUCAAGUUAGCCCCAAACCAGACAAAGGAACUGGAAGACAAGGUCAUGGAACUACACAAAACAUACAGAUCUAUGACUCCAGCACAAGCUGAUCUCGAAUUUCUUGAGAAUGCUAAGAAGCUGUCUAUGUAUGGUGUUGAUCUUCAUCAAGCCAAGGAUUUGGAAGGUGUGGAUAUCACUUUAGGUGUCUGUUCCAGUGGCCUUCUUGUCUAUAAAGAUAAACUGAGAAUCAAUCGUUUCCCUUGGCCCAAAGUGUUGAAGAUUUCUUAUAAACGCAGCAGCUUUUUCAUCAAAAUUCGGCCUGGCGAGCAGGAACAAUAUGAAAGUACAAUUGGAUUCAAACUUUCUAGUUACCGGGCAGCUAAGAAACUCUGGAAAGUCUGUGUUGAGCAUCAUACAUUUUUCAGGUUAACAUCCACUGAAGCAAUCCCGAAGAGCAGGUUCCUAGUGCUUGGCUCUAAAUUUCGCUACAGUGGUCGAACACAGGCUCAAACCAGACAAGCUAGUGCCCUGAUUGACAGACCUGCACCACAGUUUGAACGAACAGCAAGCAAGAGGGCAUCUAGAAGCCUCGAUGGCGCUAAACGUGGCUCUCAAAAAAUUGAAUUCAGACCUGUAGAGGAGGAGAAGCAGGAGCAUGUGGUGUUGGUUGGGUUUCCGGAGUCAGAACCUAUGGAACAGUUUCAGGAGAAGCCAGCAGUUGCAGUGGUUACACCUGACCGAAGUCCACGCCCUACAUCUGCACCAGCUAUUGCUCAAAGCCAUAUAACCGAACCAACCCCGCCGGCUUUACCUGAGAGCAAGGAACCAGAAAUCACUAAAAGUGAGAAAGAAACUGUGAGAAAAGAAGCAAAAUGUGAAGAAACUGUACCAGAGAAGGGCAAAACAGAGACUCUUGAAGGAGUCCAGCAGCGUGCAGAAAAAGAGGAAGACCCGAUAAGAAUGAGGAAGAAAAGAUCAAAGAGACUAGAUGGUGAAAACAUUUAUAUAAGACAUAGCAAUUUAAUGUUGGAGGAUCUAGAUAAAACUCAAGAGGAGAUAAAGAAGCAUCAUGCUAACAUAAGUGAGCUGAAGAAAAACUUCAUGGAAUCUGUCCCUGAGCCACGGCCCAGUGAAUGGGAUAAGCGUCUCUCUACUCAUUCUCCCUUCAGGACUCUUAACAUUAAUGGACAGAUCCCUACAGGAGUUGAAGGAAAUAUGUGUGAUUCUCCCUUCAAAGAGGAUGCCGGCACAAAGGUGGCAGAGGGGGAAAAUAUGACUUCUCAUUUUGAAUUGGAGGUCUUGGAGCCCUCAGUAGGCUUUAGUGAGAACCAAGUGUCAACAGCACAGGAAUCGGCACAAACUCAGGAAUCUGACACUUCUUCCAUAAGCAGCAAAGAGCAGGAGGAAGAGGGUGCCCAUGCUCUCCUUGAGAGCACUGAAGACUUGAGUUAUGAGAAGGGAUUUUGCUCAGAUGUGGAAAAGGAGGCUGAGGAUUCAAAGCAGGCUGAGGUGGAAAUCUGUACAAUUCCUGUUCCACUACACCUCCAUGAGCAAGAGGAGGAAGCCUGUGAGGUUGAAGGAGAAAAAUUAACAAGCAAGCCGCUUAGAGACAUAAAUGGAGAAAGUCACACCUCAGAUACUGUUAAUGAAUUCCCUGCCCUCAUUCGUUGUUUCCAGCCACCCCUUGUGAAGACUCAGACAGUUACCAUCUCUGAUGUGUCCAGCAACGUGAAGAGUGAAAUUCCAACUAAAGAAGUUCCUAUAGUCCAUACAGAGACCAAAACUAUAACAUAUGAAGCUGCACAGACCGAUGAUGGCAGUGGGGAUUUAGACCCUGGAGUUCUGCUAACUGCCCAGACCAUCACUUCAGAGACCACAAGCAGCACUACCACUACCCAGAUUACAAAGACUGUGAAGGGUGGUAUUUCAGAGACACGAAUUGAGAAAAGAAUUGUCAUCACAGGAGAUGCAGACAUCGAUCAUGAUAAAGUUCUUGUACAGGCCAUCAAAGAAGCAAAAGAACAACACCCAGACAUGUCUGUGACCAAGGUGGUUGUCCAUCAGGAGACAGAGAUUGCAGAAUAAUCAGCAAAAUCACCUGAUAUAUAUCAGGCAAUGUCUGUUUCAGUCUGUGAAGACCACCCAAGAUAUACCAGCAAAACUACAAGGAAACUACCUUGGAGCACCAUGACCUCAAACUUGCCACUGUUACUCUCAGUCAAGCAUUAUAUCACUUAUAACUAGGAAGUUGUGCUUUUUGAUGUUUACGUGGGAUUCUCCUUAAUGCAGUGGAUCCUUUUUUGAUUAUUUUUAUAUACAUAUGUGACUGACAGUAUGCCAUAAUUUUCACAGUACUGAAAUAAUUUUUUACAGGUUCUUUCUUUCUUUCUUUCUUUUGCAUUCUCUUUCCCACCACUUUUUCUGGAUCUGUAUUAUGAUGUCAAAGGCCCAUGCAAAAAUAACAUGUAGGGCUUACUGAAAGUGGUUGCCUUUUAAACUGCAUUGUCCUCCAACUUCCUCUUUCUCCUUUUCCUCCUUCUCUUGCAUUCCCAUAUACCCUUUGAACACAUUAUAUAGUGUGGUGGUGUCAAUGACCUAGUUGAGGCUCUUAUCAUUAACUUUUCUUCCUACAAGAAAAGUCAGAAAAUCGCGUUAUGCAAUGUUUGACUUGCCUCUUGUGAUGAAUCUGAAAUAAGUCCACAGCUUCCCAACCACAACUUUUUUCCCAAGUGAGACAGGCACAGCUGUGUCACCCUCCUUGCCUCUGGACUUUCCUUUUGUGGAUUUAUCCGCCACUAGAGGCUUGAACCUAGCAGGAGAUUGUGGUACCUGCAGAAGUAUUUCAGUAGUUGUUUAGGUUCUGGAACAAUGGAUGUUAUUUCACCUUUUGUAUUAUCAAUUCUAAAUCCUUUAAAUGAACAGUGACAGGGCAUCUUGUCUUUCUCCACUCCCUCUCUAUCCUGUUCCUUUUUCUUUUUUACACUCUUUGGAAUACUACAUCUCUUAUCAACUCCAUCUGCCAUUUUUUUCCUUUUCCUCCAUUAAAUUAAGCCUGCUAGAACUGUGUGUUUAAAGAGGGAAUUAACUCUUGAGUGCUAUGAAGUAGGCCAUAAUUGGCAAUAGUUUUCCCCCUAGUCAUUUGUAUUUUGAGUUUCAAUUUUUGAUAGCAUAGUUUUAAAAUCAUGCUGGAUAUUCUAAGCACUGUUUAACUUGGCAACUGGCAACAUAUCAGAGCAAUUCUAUGAGUCUCAAUCAUCCUUCAGAGACAGUCCAGUGUUGUUAGCCAGUACUUUUUAAGCAGACAGUUUCAAAGACAUUUUCCAAUAUGUAGGUUGUUACCAUUGAUUGCUGUUUCAAAAAUAGACCUUGUGGAGAGUGACUCUACUUGUUCCUAUCAUAUAAUAUUCCUUGCAAGUCAUAAUAAUAGUCUUAUUAGUUUUUCUUGGGUGCAGACUGUAGAGUGCACUGCUGCUGUGCCUCCCUCCUUCAUUUCAGUGGGAUUGUGUCCCUACGAAACCCUAGCAAAAUGAAUGGAGGGGGGGUGAAAAGCAGCAGUCCUUUAGUCCAUUGCUCCUUCAGUGCCAUGCUGGAAUGAAACAACAGAACUCAAGGUUGGGUGUAGUUUUCAGCACCUUCUUUGGAAAAUGUUGCAUUGUAGCAAAACGUAGCAAAAAAUAACAAUAAUCUGAUCAAGAGCAGCAAUUGUUAGUUCUGUAGAUGGGGCAUGGAAAACUUUUUAGAACUUGCAUAUCAUUUUUUUAAAAUUACACUUUUAAUGAACUCAUGCAAAGGAUAAGCAAUAGGGAUACUUUUAUUGAAAAUAGUACCCCUUAUAAACAUUUUUGCCACUUACAUGAUAACUAAUGGCAUUCCAGAUUGAUGUUGAACAUGCAGUUUGUGAAUAAAAUCAGCCUCACUGCCAAAAGUAAAAUCAGUGAAUCUGAUGUUUCCUUCCAGCAGCACACGGAAGUUUUAUUGUGAACGUUCUGUUUUGUUCUGAAAGCUAUUUCUGAGAGAAGUAUGAAGUUGAAAUAAUGUUGAGCAUGCCACAAGAUUCUAGCAUAUGAAAAGUGGAAUAGAAUGGGUUAUGCUAUUUUAAGUUAAAAGAUUAUAAAUACACACAUUGUUAAAUGAAUUUAAGUAAUGUGAACAUGAUCUCUCUUUGACUGGCAAUCUUUAAUCUAUGUUGUCAUAUUGCAUGUAACUUUGUUUCAGAUUCAAGUGCAUUUUAAUUAGGGAGUCAGUGUGGAAAAAAAUAGAGCUGGAAAAAUUGUGGGGAAGAAGAAUUCAAGACCACUUGAUCGGCUUUGCGCCGGGGUGCAUUCGGGCACUGUCAGCCGCAGCAAGCUUAAGCUGCCAUCCAGUGCUUUGGAGUAAAGCCCAUCAGGAAACACUGGGACUUGCUUACAAAUAAGCAUAGGAUUAGACUAAAUGCAACUCAGAGGGUUUCUAUAGCCCCCCCCCUUGCUUCUACAAAUUAAAGUCAUAGAGAGACAUCCUGAGAAUCUUAGGCCGAACCUUUUUUAAAAGGCAGUCCAUAGCACUUAAAAUUAUUUAUUUAUUAUGAAAGACAAUUUUGAGUAUGACUUUCUUUAGUACUGAGUCUUUGUACUUCUGCAGGGUUUUACUCUUUGACACAAAAAGCUUAAAGCACCAGUCUUGAAAGAACAAUAAAAAGAUGAGGCUAUAUUUUCAAAAGACUUCUGGAAAGAAGUUCAUAAUUCUAAUGAAGGCAUCCUUUUUAAAGGUUAGAUCCUACUGUAGAUGCAGCACUGUUACGCUUUUAUUUACGGGAACCAUUGCUUUUAAAUAUAUUCCUUAAGGUUAUGUCAUGCCUUUUCACUAGCUGUUGCCCGGCAUGAUUUGUACCUUUCCCUGCACUAUGGAUUGCUAGAUGGUGUUGUCUGUUCUGUUCUGUUCAACAUCUCUAGUCAUUUUGUCAUGAAAUGUGAGUCCCUUAUUUAGCUUUUCGAGAUAUAUUUAGAGAUUUGCAUCCUAGGUUGUUCUGGCCCUUGUUCCACCCAUUUGUUUUCUCUUAUAGUCUUGUGCCCUGCUCCUUUUGGUAUCCAUAUCUAACCAUGUAGCUAUCUAAACAUUGGUAACGUAUCUCUUCCCCUUUGGUGAUGUGUUUGUGUUGGGGGGAAAUAAUUAAGAUUUCCCACAAUCAGCUAUUUUCACUUCCUGUCCUGUUUUUGCUGCUUUUGCACAAACACGAAAAUGUAUACCUAACUGUAUUUAGCACCAGUUUAAAAAGUAACCUAAUCUCAAAAAUAGUUCAAGAUCUCAAGGGAAGGAAUCAUGUGUGCAUAGAUGGUGAGAGAAAUCGCCCUAGAAGGACAAAAAUAAUAAUAAUAAUGUAGUCAUGCCCCAGAUGUAGGAUGCAUCAGCACGGGACAUACUGGGAAUAUAAUUGACAGUUAUCCCAUUUUUGCCUUGCAUUUCAUUUUAUUGUUAUUUACUUGUCAGAGAUCAUGUUGGCAAAUGUAGGCAUUUAGGACUAACAAGAUUAGAUAGUAAAUGUUAGUCUUGCUUUGUCUAAUUGAAAGUGGGCUUUCCAUGCCAAGUUCCUUUAGGUUCAUUUUUUUCUGACUCAAAGUAAAUGAAUUACUUGGCAAGAAAAACUAUUCUGUACAUUAUUUGCUCUUUGAUUCAUAUAAGUGAAGCUGGCUUGUAAGACUUCUGUGUAACUUUUUUUUUCAGAUUUUUCCGAGUUAAAUCAUGUUAUUUUGAUUCUGAUAGUUAUAAAGGAGAAGAAGAUUGUGGCUGAAAUCCUAUUGCUUACCAUAAUAUGACACACUAGAAUAGCCCACUGAAUCAGUAGCAAUUUGGUGCUUCAACUCCAUCUCCAUUGAGUCAAAUGUGCUAUUCUACUUGCAACUUAGUUCAGUUUAGUAAGUUGCAACUAAAGUUGGCCCAUUUGAAUCAAUGGAAUUUACAUAGGAGUUGACUCAUCAAGUCCCCACUGACUCAGUGGGCCUACUGUAGUGUGACUUACUAUGCUGAGCAACAGUAUUUCAGCCGUUACAUAACAAACUGUAGUCCCUUCCUCCUUUGACAAUCCAGUUCAACAAUUCUUCCAGCUUCUAGGUUUCUCCAGAACCCCCAAUACCUUUAAACUUCACUUUGAAGCAGCAAGGGCUGGAAAUUUACUUUAAAAAAGUAAGUCAAAGCACAGAUUUCUUAAAGAGUUCUUGCUCAUUCAUAGAGUUUAUACAUGUGCAGGACCCUUCUCAUUUUCAGACCUAAUGCUGAAACUGUGAAGAAUGGAGCUACAGUGGGACAGGUCUGGGUGCUGUCCUCUUGAUGUGUUUCUGGUGCCAGGCUGUAUAAUACCUGACUUUCGGGUUGUUUAUUUACUACAAGUGGGUAGCAUUAGGUAUGCAUAAUAAAGCAAGUGGAGUGAAGAUGUGGGGUUAGUAAUUUCUUAUAGAAUUUGUUUGCUGAGCUUUUCACAGCAGGUGAUGUGAAAAUCAGUUCUAAUUCUAAGAUGUCUGGGUUACAUCCUGCUAAAUCGGAGAUAGGCAGAGGACAGCCCUCCAGAUGCUGUUGCAUUGUAGCUCCCAGCAUUCCUUGCCUUUGCUUCUCUGGGCUUGGCUGAUGGAACUGCAGUCCAUCAACAUUUGGAGAGCUCAGCGUUGCUCAUUCCUGUUCUAAACAGUCUACCAUUACCAUCUGGAACUGCCAUUUCUUGUGCAUGAGAGACUGCAGUGUGGUGCUUGUACUCUAACAUCUAGUAUCGCUCCAUUAAGCAGCCUGGACAUCUAGCAUUCUCAGUACAUUGGGGGGGCUCCAGUGCUUGAGAUGGCAGCAUGUUCUCAGUUACUUCCUUCCCCCGUCUAUGAAAUCAUUCAGAAGCUGUCUUAACUGUAUAAUAAAUAGAAAUUAUUUAUGUGUGAA